CAUGGCAUUUUAAACCCCAGUUAUACCCGUCCGCUAGGGUUUAAGCAAGCAAAUCAGCUUCAAUAAAAAAAAUGGCGAAUAGGCCGAUGUUAGCCGGCAUGGAAGUCCCAAUCACCGGCACCGAUUCCGUCAAAUGGCUCCAGCUCUCCGUUCCCGACAGUCAUUUAUCUACCUUCUCCGCAACUUCACCGCCUUUGACCUAUCCCGCUAGAGACUGUGCUUCCUGCUCCGUAAUUGGAGACCCGCCCGUCUAUGUUAUUUGGAGGAUCCACAAGAAUUUACCAAAUGCUAUUGAGUUGCUUGAACUUUCUACUGAUAAAGAAUCCCCGACAAUUGGUCUCCGUAUCAACUUUUUUGAUCCGCUUUAUACUUUCGCUUUUAUUUGCGGGAACCAGUUUGGUCCACCAGCAUAUCCCUAUCUGCUUUAUGCAUUGACUGUCGCUGGAGUUGCUUACGUUUUCAAGCUAAAGAAUGUUUCUAAUUAUACUUCCAGCUUGGUGUUCCAGCCCGAUGAAGUUAUAGAAAUUAAUUUGCACAGUUAUUUUGAUUGUUCUACGAUAACUAGUGUAGCUGCCACUAUUGGAUGCCUUGCUAUUGGAAGAAAUGAUGGAUCGAUUGCUUGUUUCCAACUUGGUUCAGUUGAUCAAAGUGCUCCUGGUUUUAUGUAUGAGCUGCGAGAUGAUUUGGGCAUCAAUCGUUUAUGGGGCUUCAUGUCAAGGAGUAGGGUGGCAGGGGCUGUUCAAGACUUGGUAGUACAUGAGUUCUGUGGACAAAAGCUUUUGUUUGGGCUUUACUCUGAUGGAAUGUUGAAGGUAUGGGAUCUGUCCGGUCGUGGCAAGAUCUUCAAUCACACCAUAGGCUCACCAAAUUCAGAAGGUGCAACAUAUGUAAGGUUAUGUGUGGGUGAAGCUGCAAAGGAUUCAAGCUUAAUUCCCUUGGCUGUCUUGUAUGGUCACAAUAUGGAAGAUAGCAUGCCGAUGAUCCACAUUCUAAGACUCCACUGUGUUUUUGGGGACAGGAUCAGUUUGUCAGUGGAGUCUCCAAUGCAAAGUAUUCCCCUUCAGGAGGGGGAAUUCAUUGACUUCAAACUUGCUUCAGAUAAACUAUGGAUAUUGAAGGACAAUGGAUUAGUGUUUCAUAAUUUAUUUCAUACAAAUGAGAAUGAGAAGGAAGCCAGGUGCUAUGCUUUGCAAGAAGAAUUUGUUGCUGAACAACUAUUUCAAAAUUCUGCACUUUCUUCAGAUGAUCUUCUUUCGAUUAUUUAUUCCACAUUCUCGUAUUCAAAGGAUCAUAUUGUGCCAUUUGUCUCUUCUAUCUUUCUGCGUAGGCUGCUUCAUCCUGGAGUAUAUCAUAAUUUUAUUCUCCGUUCAACUCUACUGGAUUACAACAGGCAUUGGACUGAUGCAGAAUUCCAGUCCUUGACUGUUGGUGGUCUGAAGAGAGAAGUUUGUUCGCUAAUUGAACAUGAGGCUGUCGGUGAAAUUCCAACAUCAAUGUUUUCUUCAUGGAAACAUUUCUGUGCUCGCUAUUUUCACAAUUGGUGCGCGCAGAAUCCACCUUCUGGUUUUUUAGUUCAGUCCUCUGCUGGUGUUAUUGGUUUAAUAAGAAAGAAUUCGAUAUCAUUAUUCCGUGACGUGGAGAAAAUUGAGGUGCUUAUUGAUGGCUCUGCUGAUGAAUUUCUUGAUUUGAUCAGCUUUGAAUUGGAGUUAGCUAAUGAUAAUACUGAGCGUGAGAUUCUUAUGGAAGUGCUUAGAUGCAUCAUAAUUAUGAGCCAACAAUUUGGGAAAGCAGCUUCUGCUAUAUUUUAUGAAUCAAUUAUUGGCACAUCAAAUAUUUCAUCUGAAGAUAUUGUUCCUCGCUUGCUCAAGAUUCUGGAAACUGGAUACAGUUCAAUGGUGUCAUCAUUUCACGCAUCUAAUCUUGGACGUGACUUUGCUUUGCAAAAGGAACAAGCAGAUCAUAAAAAUUUGAGGAAAUUCUCAGUUAAAAUGUUAUUUUCUCUCCAUGCUUUACACAAUAAAGCUGAUUCAUGGGACAAAAUCUUGACUAUAAUAGAGAGCUAUCUGCAAUUUCUUGUACCCAAAAAGGUCAUACAAAAAUUAGAUGCUGGUAUGUCAUUUGAUAUCAACAUUUCCAUUUUGGUCCAGGCUACUUCUCAAAUUGCUAAGUUGAUGUUUGAUUCUGCAUUGGACGUUCUUCUAUUUGUGAGUUACCUUCUCAAUAUUAGUGGACAGAUAAAUUUGUUGCCUGAUGAGAUAUCAAAAAUACAACUUGAGCUUGUUCCAAUGGUUCAAGAAAUUGUUUUUGAGUGGUCGAUUAUUCAUUUCCUUUGUACGAUUCCAUCCGAAUCUCCUGCAAUUGAAGAUUUCAGUUCCCAGCUCUCAUCACUGCAAAUAGAUGGGAGCACAGAUAGACGAUCAUGGAAUGGGAAACUGGGUAAAUGUGAUUAUACAUUGGCUUUUAUACUUGCAGUAACAAGUCAAACCUCCUCCUCUAGAGACACAAAUGAACCUUCUUCACAUCUCCCAAAUCCAGAGAACAUCCUUAGUUUAGUGCAGAACUUUACUAGCUGGAUUAUUUGGGGACAGUCUAGGGAAGAAUCUAAUUCUUUCUUAAAGCGGUCAAAUGAACUUGCAAUUAUUCUCCUUAGGCAUAGCCAGUAUGAAGCUGUUGAGUACCUGCUAAAUAUUGUGGAGUCCAACUUACGAAGGGAGAAAAUUUAUAAAACUAUUCAAGACACUGAUGGCAAUUGGUGUGUGCUUCAACAUCUUUUGGGAUGUUGUCUCCUUGCUCAGGGGCGAUAUGGAUUCCAAGGAAUCAUGAAAGAAAGGAAAGUCUGUGAGGCUAUUCGCUGUUUUUUCAGAGCUUCUUCUGGGCAAGGAGCUUUGGAAGCUUUGCAGGCUUUGUCUCAUGAUGCUGGACUGCCACACAUUGGUUUUGGUAACUUAUUGGAGGGCUUUGUAUCAUCUGCUGCAUGGAAGCUUCAUUACUAUCAAUGGGCCAUGCAGUUAUUUGAGCAAUACAACAUUGGUGAGGGUGCCUAUCAGUUUGCUCUGGCAGCACUUGAGCAGGUUGAUGAAGCUCUAAGUCAGAAAGGUUCUUGUGAAAGAGAGUUGCUCAAUGAAUCAGACACUUCCAUCAAAGGACGACUUUGGGCUAAUGUCUUUAAGUUUACUUUGGAUCUCAAUCACUUAUAUGAUGCAUAUUGUGCCAUACUUUCUAAUCCAGAUGAGGAUAGCAAGUAUAUCUGUCUGAGGCGUUUCAUAAUAGUUCUUUAUGAGCGUGGAGCUAUGAAGGUACUUUGUGGUGGUCAAAUACCUUUUAUAGGAUUAGGAGAGAAGAUUGAACAAGAGCUUGUAUGGAAGGCUGCACGUUCAGAUAUCAUGACGAAGCCAAACCCCUAUAAGUUACUGUAUGCAUUUGAAAUGCAUCGGCAUAACUGGCGAAAGGCGGCGACCUACAUGUACUCCUACUCAACUCGCUUGAGAACUGAAGUAGUUCUGAAAGAUCACCAGCAUAUAUCACUAGUACUGCAAGAGAGGCUUAAUGGGCUUAGUGCUACUAUCAAUGCACUCCGUCUUGUUCAUCCAGCUUAUGCUUGGAUUGAUCCUCUGCUCGAGGAAAAUUCUCUUAAUGAGUGCUAUCCUAGCAAAAAAGCCAAAAAAACAGAGGAUCAACAAUUUGGCAGUGAUAUUCAGCCCCAAAGGCCGAACUUCUACAUUGACGUUGAGAAAGUUGAAAAUGAGUUUGUGUUAACUUCAGCGCAAUAUUUGCUGUCAUUAGUCGAUGUCAAAUGGAUAUUCAGUGGAACAGAUUAUGCUCCGUCAGAUUUGGUUGAUCUCUUGGUUCAAUCAAAUAUAUAUGAUAUGGCAUUUACAGUCCUUCUAAGAUUCUGGACUGGUUCUGGGUUGAAGAGGGAAUUUGAAAAAAUUUUCUCUGCUAUGUCUUUAAAAUGCUGUCCAAAUACGUCAGGCUUCUCAUCUGCUGGAAAUGAUUUGAAGAAUCGUGGUCUUUUAUUGACAUCCUCGAAUGAAGAUGUGGUUGUUCAUGGUUCACCUGAUAUAGGCUUUAUGUCUCAUCAGUUUGGAGCAACUAUGCAAUGGGAAACUCUUGAACUUUAUCUUGAAAAAUAUAAGGCCUUUCAUGCUGGAUUGCCAGUAACUGUUGCUGAAACACUUCUUCGUACAGAUCCUUGGAUUGAGUUACCACUGUGGCUAGUACAUAUGUUCAAGGAUUUUAGAAGGGAAAGGACCUGGGGGAUGACUGGCCAAGAAUCAAACCCUGCAUCUUUGUUGCGGCUGUAUGUUAAUUAUGGACGAUUUAUGGAUGCUACAAAUUUAUUGCUAGAGUAUAUGGAAUCAUUUGCAUCAGUGAGACCAUCGGACCUGAUACAUCGGAAAAGGCCAUUUGCAGCAUGGUUCCCAUACUCAACAAUAGAGAGGCUAUGGUGCCAGCUUGAUGAAUUAAUCAAUUCAGGCCACAUGGUUGAGCAAUGUCAUAAGCUUAAAAAGCUAUUACAUGGAGCUUUGCUGAAUCAUCUAAAGAUACUAAAGGUGGAUUCGGAUGAUACAUUAUCUUCUGCUGCCUGUUAACAUUAAAAAAUGCCUGUGAAGCUAAAGGACAGAUUGGGGACAACUGUGGUGACCUAGAUUUGGUGAGUACAUAAGUUUGCUCUCACGAGAAGAUAAUGGUAGAGUCAUUGAUCGGAAUUGAGGAUGAACGCUGAUGAUCCGAGGGGUAAAUGACAAAACUCACCAUUGUAUGCCAUGUGCCAGCAAUUUCUCUACAUUCAGAGAACUGGUUCAUGCCUUUGCCUUUACCUCUUUCCAGGGUGAAGGUUUAAUAUAAGAUUAUGUACAUUAAACGCUCAAUAGUGUCAAUAACUUUAGCACUUGGUUUUCUCUCCCUCUCCCUCUUCUCAUGUAUAGUUGCAUUCUGAGAAUAUAUCUUAUCAAUGCAGAAUCUGUAUGUUAUUUGUUUCAAA